UUUCGAGGUGUUGAUGGAAACCCUUGUCUUCCAUUUUGGAGAAAACAAAAAUACAUGGAAAUAAUUGAAGCCCCCUCAAAAAGAUGAAAACUUUUGCUUUGACCUUCCUCUCUCCCCUCUUUCCAUGGUAGCCCCAACCCUCUUUUCCCACUCUCUCUAUUUCCAUGGAAGGAUGGAGAUGAGUUCCUCCAUUCCUGUUUCUCUCUCUUCAACGAUGCAUGAACAGUAAGAUUGUCUGGUUUUUCACCUUCACCCCCUUCUUCUCCUUCUUACUUUCCGGGAAAAAAAGGGGCAAUAAAGGGGCUGAGAUCUUAGUCUCUCAGAGCAAUUAUUCAGAUCCAGAAGGAGAUUGCUUCCUCGUUCUUGCUUUUCCGAGAUCUGUAUAAGCCUCCGGAAAACUCUGCUUUGCAUGAGAUGUUUCUUCGAAACUUUGUUGUGCAUAAGGAUUGAAGAUCAGAGAGCGUGAAGGGUCGUGGCGGAAGUAGUGAAUUUCUAUGGAGUGAUCAUAACAUCGACGUAGUGAUUUUCAGUGAGAUCCAAGUCAGUGUUUGGUGGAAUCUGUGAUAGCAGUGGUAAGUGGAGUUUAGAGUAGUUCCCUGGAUCUUGGUGUCCAAGUGAUGGGUUUCUAGAUUCUACUGCAGUUGAUCAAUUUUCUCCUCCAUGGCCUCGAGAUCUGGUUCUGGAGUUAACCGAGAAAAGGGUAGCGAAAAGAGUGAUAUGCAAACCCCAGAAGGAACACUCUCUAAUUCCAGUAUGAGUAUUUCAGUCAACACUUUGGCGGAUCAAGUAUCUUCGAGUUUGUCUUUUGCUGAUCUGAGUAGUGAUGGCAAAACCAGCAGAAGUGCAAAACUUAGCGAGCAGCCUGAAUUUGCCGAGAGCGGGAAGAGUAGCACAUGUAGACCAAGCACAAGUAGCGAUGUCAGUGAUGAAAGCACUUGUAGCAGCUUAAGUGGCAUUAACAAGCCUCACAAGGCAAAUGAUGUGAGAUGGGAGGCAAUACAAGCUGUCCGAUCGAAGAAUGGAGGUCUGGGUUUGAACCAUUUUAGGCUUUUGAAGAGGCUUGGAUGCGGGGAUAUCGGGACUGUCCAUCUUGCUGAGUUGAACGGAACUAAGUGUUAUUUUGCAAUGAAGGUUAUGGACAAAGCUGCUUUGGCUAGCCGUAAAAAGCUUCUCCGAGCUCAAACUGAGAGGGAGAUAUUGCAAUGUCUUGACCACCCUUUUCUUCCGACAUUGUAUAGCCAUUUUGAGACUGAGAAGUUCUCAUGCUUGGUUAUGGAGUUCUGCCCUGGAGGUGACUUGCAUACCCUUCGACAAAGGCAGCCUGGCAAGCGUUUCUCUGAACAAGCAGUAAAGUUUUAUGUAGCAGAGGUACUGCUUGCCCUGGAAUAUCUCCACAUGCUCGGAAUCAUUUACCGAGACCUAAAGCCGGAGAAUGUUCUUGUGAGAGAAGAUGGGCAUGUGAUGCUUUCUGACUUCGAUCUCUCCCUCAGGUGUACCGUCAGUCCUACAGUAGUGAGAUCAACUGCUCUUGGAACUGAAACUUUGCAAAAGAACUCAGUCUACUGUGCACAACCAGCUUGCAUCCAGCAACCAUCUUGCAUGGCCAUGGCGCCCACUACAUGUUUUUCUCCACGGUUCUUCUCCAGUAAAUCCAAGAAAGACAAGAAAAUAAAAAACGAGACAGGAAACCAGGUGACCCCACUGCCCGAGCUCAUAGCCGAGCCAACAAAUGCCCGUUCAAUGUCAUUUGUCGGUACACAUGAGUAUUUGGCUCCCGAGAUCAUCAAAGGAGAAGGGCAUGGGAGUGCAGUCGAUUGGUGGACUUUCGGGAUUUUUCUGUACGAGCUUUUGUUUGGUAAAACCCCAUUCAAAGGGUCGGGGAACCGGGCAACGCUCUUCAACGUCGUGGGCCAAUCUCUACGUUUCCCGGAAUCUCCGGUUGUAAGUUUUGCAGCAAGGGAUUUGAUCAGGGGUUUGCUUGUGAAGGAACCUCAACACAGAUUAGCGUAUAAGCGUGGAGCAACAGAGAUAAAGCAGCAUCCUUUCUUCGAAGGAGUGAACUGGGCACUGGUCAGAUGUGCAAGUCCUCCUGAGAUUCCGAAACCGGUUGAGCUCGAGAAUGUCCCUGCCCCGGCUGCAACAUCUACCAGUGUCAGGCCCGACCAGAGUAACAACUAUCUGGAGUUCGACUUCUUCUGAGACUUUCUCAAGAACUUCCUCGUAUUGUCCCUUUGCUAUCACAGAUCUGUUUUGGAGUCUCUUGAUGUUCUUAAGUUUUUCCAAAAAUGUGAACUUUUUUUUUAAAUUCUUUUUCAAGUUUUUCCUGGAAAGUUCUGAGAUUUGUAUUCUGCAACAUAUAAAGUGUUCACUCUCUUCUGUGUUGAUGUCA